GCCAGGCCCAAGGACUACACCCUGUCCUAAGCUGAGACAGAAUGAAAGGCCGGCAAUGGCGGUACACGCAGCUGCCCACAGAGAUGGAGGACACACUCUCUGGGGAGGAAGGUGAGGAGGAGGAAGAGGAGGAGCCAGCCCCAGCCCCAGCUUCCCAGGACCCUGUGGAGCCUCAGCUGACAGAAGCCAGCCAGGUCCUAGGUGCCUCAGAGAUUAAGCAGCUCAGCCUCCACCUGCCCCCAAGAGUCACUGGCCACCCCUGGAGUCUAGUCUUCUGCACGUCAAGGGAUGGCUUCAGUCUGCGGAGACUAUACCGACAGAUGGAGGGUCACAGUGGGCCAGUACUGCUGCUGCUGAGAGAUCAGGAUGGACAGAUGUUUGGUGCCUUCUCCUCCUCAGCGCUCCGACUCAGCAAAGGCUUCUAUGGUACCGGAGAGACAUUCCUCUUCUCCUUUUCGCCACAGCUAAAGGUCUUUAAGUGGACAGGACACAACUCUUUUUUUGUGAAAGGAGACCUGGACUCACUCAUGAUGGGCAGUGGAAGUGGCCAGUUUGGGCUGUGGCUGGACGGAGACUUGAACCAUGGUGGAAGCUACCCCUGUGCUACCUUUAACAAUGAAGUGCUGGCCCGGCGGGAGCAGUUCUGCAUCAAGGAGCUGGAGGCCUGGGUUCUGAGCUGACACCUCCCAGGACCACUCACACAGGGCAACCAUUCUGCCCAACUCAGGAUGGGGAAGAAGCCUCAUGAGGACUGUGGCUUUCAGCCAGCCUCCUUAUGGCUUCAAAACCCAAGGACAGGGGCAGCCACUGUCCUUCAGCAGAGCUGAUUAUAAGGUGUGAAAGACACUGACAGAAGCAGCUUUAUAGGAUUUGACAAUCCCUAGAAGACCAAAAAGCAAAACAAAACAGAUAAAAAAAAAAUCCUACCCCCUCCCAUAACAUCUUCAUAUUCUUUCAGUCAAGUCGGGUGUGUACACGCAUUCACCAAAAGCAUGCACGCACGCGUGCGCGCGUGCACACACACACACUCAAAUGUGCACACUUCUUUCGUGUUUUAGAUUCAUUUUACUUGAAGAAUUCUGUUGAACCCAGAAGUCUGGGCUCCGCUUCUAAAAACUGAUUAAAGAGAAACAUCAGUUAC